AUGUUAAAGUGUUAAGAAUCAGAAGAUAAUUAAAAGGAGAUAAUAUUAGUUUGUUUUAAUAUUGAUUGCCAGAUAAAAAGAGUUUGUUGUUUAGAUUGUAUAGAAAAUCACAUUUAACAUAAAUAAGAUCUAUAGACAUUAAAAGAAAUUUAGAAGUGGUAAUAAGAUAUAUUCUCAUAUUAUUAAUUGUAGUCACAAAAGAUGAUAUAGAAUGCUGAUAUAAUGAGAUAAGCAGAAAAAUAUUUAUUUUUGGAUUUGGAGAAAUCAUAAAAAAAAAUUAAUAAUGAUGAGUUUGAAAAAUAUGUAUCUAAUUUAUUGAAACUCUAAUAAUAAUCAUAACCUUUGAAUUAAACAAUUUAAAAUCUAACAACAUAAAUGGAACCAAUGUUUUAAUUAUUUACAAAUUUUGAGAUAUAAAUUAAAAGUAAAGACAUCGAAACAUAGUCAACGUAAAAUUAAUUUAUAGACUAAAAAGAAUAAUUAUAAUAAGAAAAACAUGGAAAAGUAGGAAAUUAAGUGGAUUAAGUAAAAAAAUAAAAGAUGAAAAAAUACAAAUAUCAUGAUUUGAUAGAUAAAACUCAUAAAUUAAGAAAGGAAAAUGAUUUUGAUAUUCAUCAAUAUCCAAUCUAUUAUAAAUCAUCUAUUGAAAAUCUAGAAGAAUACACUACUAUAAUUCUAAUUGGAACUUAAACUUCAUAAAAAUAGGAACUAAUAAAUUUAUUAUUAAAUUAUUAUUAAGAAGUUGAAUUUUCAGAUCCUUAUAGAUUUGAAAUAGUUGAUGAUAUUGAAAUAAUUAAAGAGGAUUAAAAUAAUGAAUAUGAACAAAUGAAAGUAUAUUAUAUUACACCAUAAUAUGGAAAAUAAGGACUUAGAAUUAUAAAUACACCUGAUUAUUGUGAUGAUCUUAGUUAUAAUGAUCAAAAAAUAUUCAAUAGAAUAUAUAAUGUUAUUUAGAGUUCAGCUUCAAUUAAUCAAAAUAUUUUAAUUGGUUUUGUAAUACAACAAUAAAUUUAAAUAGGUUCAUUCUUUAUGUUAGAAUCUAUCAUGAGUAAUUUUUCAAAUUGUUAAAUUAAUAAUAUAGUCUUUUUAUUUCCAGAUUGCAUAGAUGAUUAUCCUAAAUAAAAGGAUAUCUUAUUAUCUAAUAUAGAAAUUAUAAAUGGAAUGUCUUCACCUGUUUUCAAAAUGAUACCAACUAUGAAAUAUUCUUGGUAUCUUAAAUUUAAUACAAGUAUUUUAUUUUAAGAAUGUAAAAUAUAAAAAAAUUAAUUUUUAUGGGAAAUGGGGAAAAAUAGUUAUUAAAUGCUUCUAUAAAAUUAUUUAUCCAAUAAACUUAAUAUCAAUAAACUUAAUUUGAUCAGGAAUUGUUAUAAUCAAUUUUUAAAUUAUCUUAGUUCUCCUUUUAUUUAGAAUUAAUGGGAAUUUGCUGAUAUAAAAUAAGAAUUGUAAACAUUAUUUUUAGAAUUAUACAAAAGAGAAACAUUUGGGAUUCGUGAAUUUAAUUUAAAUGUAUAAAAAAGAGAAAAUUAGAUAUAUUAGUAACUUGAUAAGAAUAGUAAAUAUUGGACACAUUUAUCAAAUUAAUAUGUCUAUAAAAUAAAGAAUGGUCAAAAGAGUAGUAAUAUUAUUGAAAAGAUUCUUAAAGAUCAUGAACAAGAAUUAAAUGAAGUUUAAACUUAAAUAAAUUAAUUUGAAUAAUUAAUGGAAGAAAUAGAAUUAAAAACAUAUAAAUUAGGUUUUGAAAAGUUUUAUAAAUUGUUUACUAAUUUCAUUAAUUCCAUAUAAGAUCAUUUGUUAUAAUUUUAUAAAGAGAAACGAUUAUUUUUUAAAUUUAAUUCAUUGUUAAUAUCAUUAAAUCCUAAUUAAUCGAAAUAUUAUGAAUAUUUAAUUACCAAAGAAAAAACUUUAAAGUAAGAUAGAUGGGAAGAAAGAGUAAAGAUUUUAACAUAAAAAUAACUGUUUUUUAUUUAUUCUGAUGAUUAUUUUAAGGGUUCUAAAUCUCAAUAAAUAGAAAAACUUCUUAAAGAAUGGACUGAAUAUCAAUUUCCAAAGUCAAAAAGAUAAACUUAUAGAUAUCUAAAAUCAGAUUGGAGAAUAUCAAUUGAUAAUAGUGAAUUUCAUUGCAAAUCAGAACAAAUAUUUUUAAAGGAAUAUAAAACAUAUAAAUUUGAUUAAUUAGUAGGACUUAGAAUAACUGAUGAUUGUGAUAGGCAUUUUUUAAGUCAUAUUGAAAAUUUUAGAAUAUUAGGAAGUAUGACAUGA